CAUUGUUCUCGGUGCCCCACGGGCUUGAGCCGAGGUGAAUCCGGAGGGGCCGGGCCGAGCCCGGGGGCGCUUUUGUACGCGAAGCAGCCGCCGUAGCAGGAUCGUGUCUCCCUCGAGGUGAGCCGAAGAGGCAGGCUGGGGCCCGCGCGGACCCAGGGCAGUAGCCCGCGCAGAACUCCUUGUUGAGAUUUGAGGAAGGAGGCUCUCUUUCCUGAGAGCCUAGCUGGAGAAGAGUGACGUUCAAGGCUUGAAGCCUGAGUGAUUGCCCCAGGGACUGGAUGAUGGCUGCAGAGAUGCCAAGAGUGACCACUCCCCUGAGCCCCUUGGUCCAGAUGACUCAAGAAGAAGAUAGACAGGAGGAGGAGGUCACCAUGAUCCUGGAGGAUGACUCCUGGGUGCAGGAAGCUGUACUGCAGGAGGAUGGUCCUGAGUCUGAGACCUUUCCUACAAGUGCUGGCAAAGGCAGCCCCCAGGAGGAGGUGGUGGCUGAGAGACCACAGGGAGCACUAGGCCGCCUCCGAGAACUUUGUCGGCGCUGGCUGAGGCCAGAGGUGCACACCAAGGAGCAGAUGUUGACCAUGCUGCCAAGGGAAAUUCAAGCAUGGCUGCAAGAGCAUCGGCCGGAAAGCAGUGAGGAGGCAGUGGCCCUGGUGGAAGACUUGACCCAGACUCUUCGGGACAGUGAUUUUGAGAUACAGAGUGAAAAUGGGGAGAACUCUAAUCGAGACAUGUUUGAGGAUGUUGAAUCCCAUGAGACAUUCUCGGAAACACCUGAAGGGGAAGGCGUUCAGCAGUCCGAUGGGGAAAGUGACUUUAAGAGAGUCUCCGGCUCUGGGGGGCCCAAGGGAAACGUCCCAGGUGAGCACCCUGGGGAGGUGCCAUCCCAGGGCAGGGAAGUUGGCCAGCUGAUAGGCCUUCAGGGCACCUACCUGGGUGAGAAGCCCUACGAAUGUCCCCAGUGUGGGAAAACCUUCAGCCGAAAAUCCCACCUCAUCACGCAUGAGCGGACCCACACAGGAGAGAAAUAUUACAAAUGCGAUGAAUGUGGGAAAAGCUUUAGUGAUGGUUCCAACUUUAGCAGACACCAAACUACUCACACUGGAGAGAAACCCUAUAAAUGCAGGGAUUGUGGGAAGAGCUUUAGCCGGAGUGCAAACCUUAUAACCCACCAGAGGAUCCACACGGGAGAGAAGCCCUUCCAGUGUGCCGAGUGUGGCAAGAGCUUCAGCAGGAGCCCCAAUCUCAUCGCUCACCAGCGCACCCACACAGGCGAGAAGCCCUACUCGUGCCCCGAGUGUGGGAAGAGCUUCGGCAACCGCUCCAGCCUUAACACUCAUCAGGGAAUCCACACGGGAGAAAAGCCCUAUGAGUGUAAAGAAUGCGGUGAAAGCUUUAGUUACAACUCCAACCUAAUCAGACACCAGAGGAUCCACACGGGAGAGAAACCUUACAAAUGCACUGACUGUGGGCAGAGGUUCAGCCAGAGUUCAGCCCUCAUUACCCACCGGAGAACUCACACGGGAGAAAAGCCCUAUCAGUGCAGUGAGUGUGGAAAGAGCUUUAGCCGCAGCUCCAACCUGGCCACGCACCGGAGAACCCACAUGGUGGAGAAGCCCUAUAAGUGCGGGGUGUGCGGGAAGAGUUUCAGCCAGAGCUCCAGUCUGAUCGCACAUCAGGGCAUGCACACAGGGGAGAAACCCUACGAGUGUCUGACGUGCGGGGAAAGCUUCAGCUGGAGCUCCAACCUCCUCAAGCACCAGAGGAUUCACACGGGCGAGAAGCCCUACAAGUGUGGGGAGUGUGGGAAAUGCUUCAGCCAGCGCUCUCAGCUGGUAGUGCACCAGCGGACCCACACGGGCGAGAAGCCCUACAAAUGCCUCAUGUGUGGCAAGAGCUUCAGCCGGGGCUCCAUUCUGGUCAUGCAUCAGAGAGCCCAUUUGGGAGACAAGCCCUACAGGUGCCCCGAAUGUGGGAAAGGCUUCAGCUGGAAUUCAGUUCUCAUUAUACAUCAGCGAAUCCACACAGGGGAGAAGCCGUACAAAUGCCCUGAGUGUGGCAAAGGCUUCAGCAAUAGCUCCAAUUUUAUUACACAUCAGAGAACUCACAUGAAAGAGAAACUUUACUGAAGUGGCAAAGAGGGAAAGUGAGGGGACUGGCCCAAGAGAGGGAACUGCCACACCUCCCCAAAUAGCGAUGUCCUUUGAAAAGAGCCGUUCUUCCUCAAUGCGCUUUGGGGGCUUUAGCCAGAAUCUUACCCUAGCUUGUCCUCAUUUCUGGGACACUGUCAUUGUAGUGAUUGGAGUCAAGCCCUAUACACAUCCAAGAACAGAGUAUAGGAGUGGAAGGUCUGGAUAUUUGGGUCUUUUUCUAUUACAUUUUGUGAUGUGAUUGACCCCUCUCUCCUGAUUCCUCUGUGCCUCCGUUUCCUCUUUGGUAAAAUGGGAGGAAAUGUUUCUCCAUGUGGAAUGGAAGACAGCAUAGCCCACAACAUGGGCUGAGUCUUCAGAGAAAUACUGGAAAUCCAUUUGUGUGGUUCUGGUUGUUUUGCUGCCACUUUGUCAGGCUAAGGUGCCUUCACCCCAAGCUGUUAGCAUUCCAGGGCUCCCCGCCCAGGUUAGAAUCUGCUCUUCCUGGCUUUAGUGUCUUCGGCUUUGAUUUCAGGUUAAGAUGGAGGGGCUCUCCAAUUCUGAGUCACCUGCAUGAGGAUCAAGCCCCCUUCUAUUUCCAGUGUCAGGAGCACAGAAACAUGAAAAAGUAUGGCCUGGAACCAGUGUCUCAGUGUUCUGUCCAUUGAUAAGAGUCAGACAGGGCUUGCCAGGA